AUGGCAGCCUAUGUUCAAGUCGAUCUUAGCGCCUUCCCUAGCGACGGAAGCGCUAUGAACUGGCCCUCCGGCGAUCGCUAUACCCUGGGCAGCGAGAGAGAUGAGAUUCGCUGGCUAGACAAGAUCAGCUACGCUAAGAAUUGGGAUCGUGCCCCUGGAGAUCCUCUAAUCACAUACACCGAGCUGCCUCAUGGCUACCGUGUCAUCGCGCAGACACGCGACAACACCAACAACAGAGCUAGAGAUUAUCUGCUCUAUGGCCACCCUAACGGCCACUUCGACCUAGCUCAUAAGGCUUCUGUGCACUUUAAGCACAUAUGGCUAGGCAAUCUGGCCAACUGCACCUGCACUAGGUGUAAUGUGCGUGCCCCAGCCGUACGCAAGAUGCCAUUCUGGCAGUUGAGAUUGUAA